AUGAUCCUCCAAAGUCUCGUUCUCCUCUCCCUGUGCCUUUCAGCUUAUUCUUUACCGUCUCUUCAAGCAUACAUUGCAAAAUACAAACCACAAAUCGUUAUCGAAGGAACAAGAACAUAUCAUGUCUAUCCAAAAAAUCGAAUAGAAGUUACACUAUCGUUUGGAACCAAUGAUAAAAUCAUUCGAGUAGCUGAAACAGCCAUAAACGACUACUUCUCCGGUGAUUUGUACUCACAGGGCGAUGAAACGGAAAGGAUGGGCGAGGUUAUGGAACAUUACUUUGGCGGAUUAUGGUCUGUGGCAAUAUUCGAUGAUCCUUAUGGCUUUUACUGGACAAUAAUACGAAGAUCGCCAGCGUUCGUGACGUUUGACGUGAAUGGCAAGGGGAUCACUUUUGCUAAGGAAGGCAUCAAGUCUUGA